CUUCGUAGAGCGCGCACAGUCUGCGCACAGAUACGGAUCAAAAAAGUUUUUAUGUAACUAAGUGUUGUGCUAAGUGUUCAGUGUUUAUAUUAAACACGCAUUGUCUCGCUGUGUUCACGUUAUCCGAUUGUUUCUGUUCCGAGUACAUGGAAAAUAGAGAAAAACGGCGAAAAAAUACAGUGUAUCCGCAACGCUUUUUGAGUUCGUAAUUUGUAUACUCUACAGUGUAAAGUGAUAUUGUACAAAGGAAACUUUAUGGAUUAAUUCAAAACCAACGUUGUUAUUCAAACCAGUAGUUUAAAGAAGUGAACUUUCUUUAUUGGCUCCAAAACUCUAUAAUUAUUAAUAUUUAGUAUUGAAACUUCGUAAUUUAAUUCUCACGGUGCGUGAACACAGCAGAGAAAUGCAGUUUUUGAGUUAACAAAAGAUGGCGGAAAGAACUGAGUGAUGUGCGCACACAAUAACAAACAAUGGCUAUGCGGUAUGACGUGACCAUGGAGCAGACCUUUCUCCCGGCGGACCCCCCUCCAGCACCAGACAUGGGGUACCAGCCGAAGACUGACUUAGCUACAGAGUACUUCAACACAUUCAACCAAAUCUGCGAGAACUAUAGAUCGGAUUCCGACGUGAAUCUUCGCCAAACGUCUGAUUCCCUAAGGCUGACGUCUGAGAUACUCGAUGGUGGGAGGGAGGAGUUCAUAAGCACAGACUUCAUAGUCAAGGGGAAGGAGUACCAGAGUGAAUAUGCGGAGAAAGUGUUUCUUAGUGCAAAAGAGGAGCAGAUAUUCCAAUUUGGACAACCAGAUGCAUCGGCCUUGUUAAGGCAUCGAGCUAGAAGAAGAUACAAUGAGGAGCAUGGACUGCAGCCUCCGCCUACCACCAGCCAAGAGAGUGGGUAUGGCAGCGACGAGUUCGGGCACGACUCGCCCAGUCGGUACGCGUCGCCGAAGGGCGCGGGAAACGGCGCGGCCUACCAGGAGCCCUACUAUGGCGGCGAGUGGGCCGCCGGCUACUACCAGCCGCCCCCGCCGCCGGCAUACCACCACGACCCCUACGCAACGUCGCCAGGUAUACCGGGCGCGCCGGCAGCGGAUACAAGCUCGGCGGGAGGUGCGGAGCUGCCGCUGCCGCCCAUGUCCUCCUUCAGGGCGGCAGCGCCUGUGCACUCGCCCAGCGACCCUAUGAUAGUCGCCAAGCCGCCCAUGCAGCCUAUGUACGCGGGCGCGGCGAGUACGCCAGGCGCUGGUGGAGAAGCGGGCAGUCUGUCUUCAUACGGGUCGUCGCCCUCCACGCCGGUGCACUCCCCCCCGCCGCUGCACGCGCGACUUUACCCCCCGCUCAAGCAUUCUCCGCACCACGCGCACCAUCAGCACCACAACGGACAGCAAGCGAACUGGGUGUCAACAGGAGUAUCGUCCCCCCCAACGGCGUCCACUCCCCACGCACCCAUCCCUGGACCAGUUAUACCCAACGGACAUCAGCACGUAGUGUUUCCACCCGUCAUGGGCGCGCCGGCCGAGCAGCGUCAACUCGACGAGGCCAUGGUCUUCCUGCGCGAGCAUUCCGAUGUCGGGGGCGCAAGAAUGGAGGAACGACUGGACGAUGCCAUAAACGUACUACGCAACCACGCAGAAGCACCAGACCUUUACCCCCAGGAUGUUCACCAUCCGCACCAGCCACCGCCAGUAAGUCGAGUGGGCGUGGCGGGCGCACUACCGCACCUGCAUUCGGAGCCGCCAGUCAAAAUGGAGAGACAUCUACUGCCCAACACCAAGAAACGCAAAGAGCCUCCAGAUUCCGGUCUGGAUUCGAAGCCUUCAUCGUCCGGUUCAGCGGAUGCCAAGGGACCAGGCUCCAAGCGCUCGCGACGGUAUGGGUACAGCUGCUCCUCCGCCGACGAGGACGCGGACCUCGACCCCGACGCCAAGGCGGCGCGCGAGAGAGAGCGCAGACAGGCCAACAACGUGCGAGAGAGGAGGUCGGCUGAACUCUCUCGCGCGCUGUCUGUGGCUCGGAGUUGCUCCUCCGCCGACGAAGGUGACGAUGAGAUGGACCCACAAGCCAAAGCUCUGCGCGAGAAAGAGAGGCGGCAAGCCAACAAUGCUAGGGAAAGGAUACGGAUAAGGGACAUCAACGAGGCGCUCAAAGAGUUGGGGCGGAUGUGCAUGACCCACCUGAAGAGCGACAAGCCACAGACCAAGCUGGGCAUCCUCAACAUGGCCGUCGAGGUCAUCAUGACCCUGGAACAGCAAGUCAGAGAACGCAACCUAAAUCCUAAAGCGGCGUGUCUAAAGCGGCGCGAGGAAGAGAAAGCGGAAGAUGCGCCCAAACUUCUCGCGGCGCCUCUGCACCAUUAUCAACCCAUGCCCGGCAUGGGCCAGAUAUCAGGUCAACCCCCUUCAGGGCCACCGCAGCAAUAGCGACGCCCCCCGCGCCCCUGCGCGCUGCCGUGAACCCCCUCUGACCCCCGGACACCCCCAAAACCUCGUUAACCCUCGCCAAUGACCCCUAGCCGGUACUAGGGCGUGUUAACUGUGUUUAUUGCAAAAGAUGUUGUAAUAUAUAUUUGUUUUUGUUGUAUUAAAUGCAAAAAAGGACAUUUUUAUUAUAGACUUUCGCUGACACAAUGGUUUGCGUUCAAAAGCACGCAAGUUAGUUUACAGCUCAUUAUUUUUUUUCCGUCCAAUAUUUCACUAUAUUUUUCUCAAAAUAUCGUUCUUAUGAUGUUUUUAUAAUUUUUAUAUAAAUACAUGGUAGUUUCAAAGAUAUUAAAACUUUUUUAUUUUUCUAUCAUAUUAGGAAUUUUUUGCAUUUUUUACAAUUAAAAAAAAUAAUUAAAGCGGAACAACACAUUUAACCGUAAAUUGAAUUAAAAAGGCGUUACUUUAAUUUUUUUUAUAAAUUGUAUAGAUUAAAAAUAAAGAUUCCCAGUGAAUUUAUUUUAUACUUUGACGUUAUACCUGUCAGCUCGAAUUGUUACUCAAGUACAGCUGAGCGGUCUGUACACAUGGUUUUUUAACCUGUGGUGAUUAAAAAAAAAUAGAUACAUUAUUCCAAAGAGUGUUUAAAAGCAGUGCGUAGUGAUUAAAUGGACUUAAAUAGUUAAGUGUGUAUAUUAUACCUACAACUAGAUUUAUUACGUAAACGGGAGUUGUGACGUCAUAAGGUGGAAUGACGUCACGCUGACGUCAAAACGACGUCACGCGACGACAGCCCAAAGACUUUGGGAUAUCCACAAUUGUAAAAUAAAAUAGCCUAGAUCUAUGUAUAGGUACCUUUAGUGAUAAUAUAGUAUAUGGAAAAAAAGAUAUUUUUAAUUACCGAUUUUAAAUAUUAGUUUUUUUUCGCUGCCAUAAGCGUAGAAUAUAAGAUUCCGGAGUCCAUUUUUUAAUCAUAAACAAACAUGGCAACAUCGCUCGUCCUAUCGUUUUGGUUGGUCUUUUUUUCACUCGGAGUUUCAUGGAAUAGUACUCAGCCACUAAAGUUAAACUGCUUGACAAUAAUUCUGAAAGUGGACUUCGGAUAUAUCAAGUUAUAUUUAGGCAUUAUUUGUGCGAAUGGUCACAGUCUAAGCGAUUCUCGUAUUUGUCGCACCUAAAAUCGAUGUUUUUUUUUGAUAUAUGGUUGCAUUUCCGUUAUAGAUUUUUGUACGAAAUCAAUCAUACAUCGAAUAGGAUUGUUUGUCGACGAAUACGAAAAUCGCUCGAUGUGAAAAAUGUGUCAAUCGAAUUUUUUUUUGCAAAAGGUUUAAUGCAAUAUGUAAUUAUAGAAAAGGAUAGACAUCUUGUCACGCAAACCCAAAAAAUUAUCAUUAAAAAAUUUAGGUUAUAAUAUAUUAAAAUAUUACACAGUAUACAAAAUUGAAAAUUUAAUCCCUGAUUUUACUAACUUUCAUCUCCUCGGGGAAAAUAAUUUCAGCAACGAAACUAUUUUAUGAUUUAAUGUAGACACCGUUUUAUGUUUGCGUUUAAUACCAUAAAAAUUGUUUUUUUUUUUGUUUGCAAAUAAAUAAACAAUAAAAGGGUGGACUGGAAUCCGAAAAGUAAGUUCAAAUCUCACCAAUUGGCUGCAUUAGAUCCACUCCCCUAAGCUUAACGAUUGGUCGAAGGAAGGAAAACAACUAUAUUUGGCUUCGCGAGACAAGGUGGUCGCCACUCUAUAACAUGUUCUUAGACACAGGUGGCUGCUGACUUACGUAUAUGUACUUAAGAAUUAUAUCAUACUAAUCUCCAAAACUCCAGUGAAAAAUGUUUUUUUAACCGGUUGAUACGCUUUUGCGUAUUUUUUGUUUUAUUUUAUACACGUUUUUUUUAAAUAUCUUAAAUGUAGUAACUAUUGUUAUUUCAGUAUCGUACUUAUAUAUUUUGUAUUUUAUGAAAUUGAACGUAUCAAGUUUACUAUGCAAAACGUUUUGUGACGCGAAUAAAAUAUUUUUUAAUGAUCUAAAAAUUAAUCGAUUUUUUGUUGAUUUUGAUUUGAUUUUAAUAAAAUUUGUACAUAUGCAUUCUUAUUAUUCUUUUGCAUGAUUUUUUAUAUUGCUGUACAGAUGGUAUGGCAAAAAAUGUAAACAAAUGUUUUGUUCAGUAAACUUUGUUUGUUCACAUAAAUUUUUAUAAUUUUUCUCCAGUUUUUAGUUAAAUGAGCAUAUAUGGGCAUA